AUGGCCAAGGUAUUGCCUGACCCUCUAUUCAUCUCGCCAAACCUCACGCUCUCCCGCGCCCAAGCGAGUGACGUACCCUCAAUUCAAUCGAUGGUCAACGCAGCAUAUGAGAAAUACACCCCCCGAAUCAGCAAACCUCCAGCUCCAAUGACAGCAGACUACCCAUCUCUACUCACAACCCACGACAUCUUCAUCCUUCGCACCUCUCAAUCCCCCGUCGGCGCGCUCGUUCUCCAGCACGAACCAGACUCCGACGCCGUUAAGAUCGAGAACUUGGUCGUUGACCCAAGCGCACAAGGUCGAGGCUACGGGAAGGUAUUGAUGCGCUAUGCAGAAGACUUUGCGAGGUCGCGAGGUAGCAAUGCGUUGGAGCUGUACACGAAUGUCAAGAUGUUUGAGAAUCUGGGGCUGUAUCUUAAGAUGGGGUUUGUAGAGACUGCGCGGAGGGAGGAGGAUGGCUUUGAACGCGUGUAUUUCCGUAAAGAGUUAGAAUAA